CUGCCUUGUGGGAAGCGGAAAAACACCGGAAGUGGGGCUCCAAUGAGCGUCGUAGGCCCCGUGGCGCAGGAAGGGUGAUCUGUGACUUGGAUCCUAGACUGUUCACAACAACCAAUAAAAACCAGAAUAACAAUAGAAAACCCUUCCCAUCAGAUGCCAGAUCAACCACACUAUUAACUUCUUGACUCAACCCUCAUCCAAGCCCGGUAUUUGGGGCCGAAGAACAGAAUCUGGGAGCAUGGAAACUAUAGCUGCUAAUCCUCCUGGAGGAUCAAAUGGCUUGGAAGAACCCAAGAAGAUGACGAGAGAAGAUUGGAGAAAGAAGAAGGAAUUGGAAGAACAACGAAAACUGGGAAAUGCACCAGCUGAAGUGGAUGAAGAAGGAAAAGACAUCAAUCCUCAUAUUCCCCAGUACAUUUCCUCAGUGCCAUGGUAUAUAGAUCCUUCAAAAAGGCCUACACUGAAACAUCAGAGACCUCAGGAAGAGAAACAAGAAGAAUUUACAUCACUAGGAGAAUGGUAUAAGCGAGGAGUUAAAGAGAAUGCUGUUUCAACCAAAUACCGUAAAGGUGCUUGUGAGAACUGUGGUGCAUUGACCCAUAAGAAGAAAGAUUGCCUAGAGAGACCUAGAAAAGUUGGAGCAAAAUUUACAGGAACGAACAUUGCACCAGAUGAGCACAUGCAGCCUCAAUUGAUGUUUGAUUAUGAUGGGAAAAGAGACCGUUGGAAUGGUUAUAACCCAGAAGAGCAUAUGAAGAUUGUAGAAGAAUAUGCCAAGGUUGAUCUAGCUAAACGCACACUCAAAGCUCAGAAACUGCAGGAAGAACUGGCUUCAGGAAAACUAACAGAGCAAGUGAAUUCUCCACGACAUCGAUGGGGAGAAGAGGAACCAAAUUCACAAACGGAAAGAGAUCAUAACAGUGAAGAUGAAGACGAAGACAAAUAUGCAGAUGACAUUGAUAUGCCUGGACAGAAUUUUGACUCCAAAAGACGCAUUACAGUCCGAAACUUGCGUAUUCGAGAAGAUAUCGCUAAAUACCUACGAAAUCUAGACCCCAAUUCUGCCUAUUAUGAUCCUAAAACCAGAGCAAUGAGGGAGAAUCCUUAUGCCAAUGCAGGAAAGAAUCCAGAUGAAGUCAGUUAUGCAGGAGAUAACUUUGUUCGUUACACGGGAGCCACCAUUUCCAUGGCCCAAACUCAGUUGUUCGCCUGGGAGGCCUAUGAAAAAGGCUCUGAAGUUCAUCUUCAAGCAGAUCCUACAAAACUUGAACUCUUGUACAAAUCUUUCAAAGUGAAAAAAGAAGACUUUAAACAACAGCAGAAAGAAAGCAUCUUAGAGAAGUAUGGAGGCGAAGAACAUCUGGAUGCCCCACCAUCAGAAUUGUUACUUGCUCAGACAGAAGACUAUGUGGAGUAUUCUAGACAUGGAACCGUUAUUAAAGGACAAGAGAAGGCUGUUGCUCGCUCUAAAUAUGAGGAGGAUGUAAGGAUCAACAACCACACAUGUAUUUGGGGUUCUUACUGGAAAGAAGGAAGAUGGGGCUAUAAAUGCUGCUACUCAUUUGUCAAGUUUUCAUACUGUACAGGAGAAGCUGGAAAGGAAAUUGCUGAUGCCAGUGAAGAAUUGCUAACUGAGGUGCAUGAGGACGAGCAGUUAACCAAACCCAAAACUCUAGUGGAGAUACACCAACAAAAACAAAAAGAAGAAAAGAAGAAGAGAAAGAAAAAGCAUAAGAAGAGUACAAGUUCUGAUAGUGAGGGAGAAGAAAGAAAGAAACAAGAAAAAUUGAAAAAGGCACUGAAUGCAGAAGAAGCCCGUCUCCUUCAUGUGAAAGAAAUCAUGCAAUUAGAUGAGAGAAAGAGACCAUAUAAUAGCAUGUAUGAAAACCGAGAACCAACAGAGGAGGAAAUGGAGGCUUACCAAAUGAAGCGCCAGCGACCAGAUGAUCCCAUGGCCUCUUUUCUGGGGCAAUAGUUUUGGGCAAAGGACUUGUAAAUAGGCGUCUAAAUGGAUCAAUGUUGUAUGUGGGUCACUUUCCCUUAGUAAGUUGUCAGCUGAAAUGGCCUGUUCUUUCGCAUCACACUAGAGCAUGGCCCAGCCAUCCUGGAGCUCUCCAAAUAGAAAGAGAGCCAGCCAGAGUUCUGUUUGUUAAGCAGGUUUGCUCAAAUCCUUGAAAUGUGCUGAAUGAAUUUCUGAAUUUCAAAAAAAAAAAAAAAAGCUAUAUUGAUUGGAAGAGUCAGAAAAUAUUGCAGAUACCAAACAGCCCACAGUUGAUAGAGUCUGUUUCAAAAAUACGUAAUUGUUUACUUCCCUGAAUAGAUUAAAGUUGACUUUGGUGAAAACUCUCUGAAUCUAAUAGAAUUUCACAAUUCUGAAAUGGUUCUCAGUUCUUCAGCAGAAUUUAUUUUAGCAUUCCAGUUAUUAAAAGUGGUGCAGAUAUUGCACUUCUAACAGGUUACGUUAUUCUGUUGCAUGUAAAGAUUCUGUUUUCCUAUAGACUCAUCUAUGGACCCCUGAGCUUUUUUGUUUUAUAUCAGUCUGCCCAUACUUGUUCAUGUUGGCCUGGAAUUUUAGCAGUUGUAGUGUCACGAUAUCAAAAAAAGCAUAAUGUUGAGGGAAAAUCUUUUACAUUCUUUUAAAAGCAUUGUGAUUUUGAAUGAUUUUCAGCUUAGUAAUUAUUUUUGGAAUUCAAGAAUAACGAAUUCAAAUUCUUAUGAGUUUGGAAAUGCUUUAAUUCUAACUGUAAUAUUUUAACAAAAUGUUGAGUCUUAUGGUAUCAAAGGGUUAGGGUUAGGGUUCAUUAAUUGUAACAUAUGCCUGGAUUGACUGUGCCUAGUCAAACUGAGGGCCUCAAAUUGGAGGGAGGUUUUACCACGUCAACAUGGCAAGCCAGAAAUUACUGAAAUGCAAAGAGUACAGACCAACGUUAGUAUGUAAUGCUCAAUUGAGAAGUAUAAUGGAUAUUUAUAUUAGUUGAAGUGUGAUUGCUAAUUUUCCUGGCUCUAGUAUUUAAUUGUGGAAGGAAAAAACUCAUUUUGACCUAAUUAUAAAUUAAUAGAAUCAAACUGGGCAAUAUGCAUUAGAUUAAUCAUUUCUCCCUUAGGAAAAUUCCUAAGGUUGCUUAUUAUUGCUGUUUCUUAUGGAGCUGUCUUUUUUGGCCAAAAUUAUCCCUCUGGUUAUAAUAGAAAGGCAUUGCUGGCAAGUGAUGGGAUAUUUUUUACUGUGCUUCCUCAAAAGUAAACCCACCCCCAAAAGUAAGUCCCAGAUGAUUUUCGGAGAGUGGGCCUAAUAUAAGCCCUCCUCCCAAAAGUGAGCCCUACUUAACGACCAGCACAGAUGGCCUGCAAAGCCGAUGGAGGAGGGGGGAUCUGACCCACAGUACCGGUAUAUUGGUUCCUUACCACCGCCCGGCUUGUUCCACAGCCUUAUGGCAGUGGCAUUGGGCAUGAGGCGGCAAAUGGCCAGUUUCAACGGGCCACGGCGCCACUGUUUGCCGCCAGCCGUGGGCAUUUGCCACCACGUUAGGGUUGGGGGGGAGUGAGGGUUAAGCUUUGGUCGGCCUGCUACCCCCACCUUGGCGCCCUUCCCGUCACCGCCCAGCACAGCCACCCCGGGGCUGCAGGGGUCAGCCUGGCACGGGAAGGACACGCUGCCUGCCCACCCCAGGACCUUACCUGGUCCGCCACCAGCUUCUCCAUCCCAUGCACAGGUCCUGCCCCACCCCCAUGUGCUCGUGGCCUACUGGUACCGGCAAAAAGUAAGCCCUCCCCAAAAGAAAAUCCUAGUGCUUACUUUAGAGCCCAAAAGAAAGUAAGACCAGGUCUUACUUUCGAGGAAACAUGGUAAAUACAGAUGAAUUGAAUUUGACACUUAAAAAGUAGAAAAUAAUAGAGAAUAUUUUGACAUUUGUAAUUGCAGCAUAGAAAAAAAAGACCCUGUUUUAAAGCAUAUUAUUCCAAAAAUGUCUAUUUUUACAUAAGCUUUUUAUUAUCUCAGUUUUUAUAAGUUAAUAAUUCCCUUAUUCUUUUACACUAAUCUUUAUGUUUAGGUCCAAGUAUUGUUUUCCAGUGUAACGCAACAUCUUAGUAGUAAGUUAGACUCUUAGUAAAACUAGAUUGAUUUUAAAAUCUGUAAAUUCCAUACUAUCUUGUUUGAGGAUUUUAUCUGCAAAAGAAAAACUUUUGUAUUUCAUAAAUUUCAAGGGCUUUUAUUCUGAACUGACACUUGGAAACCUCAUCAAAAUACUUCUAGGGGUUUUAGUUGCAAGAAAGCCAGCACACCACUAAGACUUGCAAUACUGUACCAGAUUUUAUACAAUGGGGGGAAAAUGGGAAAAAUAAUAAUUUUGCACAGUAACCAUCACUGAAUUUGGGUUUGCACUUUAAACUGAAUUGGAUUCUAGAAAAGCUAUUGUUUUUUAGAUCUGUCCAAUGCUUUUCAUGAGCCAUAUCCAAUACAGCCCAGGAAAGGUUUUUCAUAUUGUCAUAUUUGGGUUUUUUUCUAAUUCAGUUCUUAUCCUAUGUUUUUCCACAUAUGUUUUUCCACAUAAUCUUUUUUAUAUCUUUCCUUUAUUUUAUACUGUAAUUGCUAACAGCAGGAGAACCUACUCACAGUCUACAUCUACCUCUGUUUCUCUUUAGUGAGUGUAGUAGAAGGCUGAUAUCCAAAAUAACAUAUCACCAUCUGUGAUUGUCCUAAUACAAAUUACACUGGAGUUUAUUUACCACAUAAAUAUUGGACUAUGUUCUGGCAUAUUACGUUAAUUGUAAACGAGGUAGUGCUAAUUUAAAAUAUGAGCCCCAUUUUAGCCUAAACUAAAUCGUACUGUUAUUUUGCUUCACAUCUCUGAACAUUUCAUUUUUUUAAGGGCUUUUAGCUAUACAAAUCUAAACAGCAGUUAAAAUUGCCUCAUAAAGUCUAAUAUAUCCUAAGCUAAGCAUUUUGUUUUGCUGUUAGAAUAGUUUACAAGAUCUCUUGGACACUGCACAAACUCUCCCAGAUUUCAUAAGAAGCAACAAUGCUCCAGUAAAGAACAUACCGGUAGCUUAAUAUUGCACAGUUUGCCAAGGCUGGAACAAAGGGGGCUAAAGCUUGGAAACGGAGGACAACUAAAAAGAAGUACAGUAAGGCACAGUCAAAGCAUCCUGAUGGUGAGGGGGUCACUGGUUUACAUAAAGAAACAAGCAAAAAGAUCACAAACAUGCUCUUGUCAGUUUUAUUGCACCAUUUAAUGUCACACUUGAAAAAGACAACAAGAACUGGAAUUAUAGGUAGUUUUUGACUUAAAACCAUCUAGUGACCAUUUGAAGUUACAAUGGCACUGAAAAAAGUAAUUUAUGACUGUUUUUCACACAAUUGUUGCAGCUUCCCCAUGGUCAUGUGAUCAAAAUUUGGACGCUUAGCAACUGGCAUGUAUUUAUGACAGGUGUAGUAUUCCUUACAUUUCUUUAACAAAAAAAAAGAAUCCAUUCUAGGUGGCUAAAAGGCCUUUUGUUAAAUGUGUGUAUUUUAUAAAUGGAAGCUUUGUUUAUUUAAAUAAAACUUUCUCCAAAGUG